AUGGAUACAAGUGGCGGUAAAACGGCGGCGGGUGGUCACCACGGCGGCGAUCAGAUCCCGCCGGGGAAGGCGAUGACCAUCGGCCAGCACAUGCUAGACAAAGGUGCACAGAUGAUGCAAUCUCUGAAGCCCAUAAAGCAAAUGAAUCAGCAUCUCUGUACUUUCGCUCUCUACAGCCACGACAUGACUCGCCAGAUCCAGACUCACCACUUCGUGACUCGGCUCAACCAGGACUUUCUCCAGUGCGCCGUUUACGAUUCCGACGAUUCCACCGGCCGUCUCAUUGGAGUGGAGUACAUUGUAUCUGAUAAGAUCUUCGAGAGUUUAUCUCCAGAAGAACAGAAACUAUGGCAUUCCCAUGCCUACGAGAUUAAAUCAGGGAUUAUGGUGAACCCUAGGGUACCAGAAAUUGUUCUGAAACCCGAGCUUGAAAAUCUGGCGAAGACCUACGGCAAAUUCUGGUGCACGUGGCAAACGGACAGAGGUGAUAACCUUCCGAUGGGUGCGCCGGCGCUGAUGAUGUCGCCGCAGGCGGUGGAUAUCGGGGUGGUGCCGGAGCUGGUGGCGGAAAGGAACGAGAAGUACAGUAUAUCGAGCGAGGGUUUGAAGAAGUCGAGGAUUGAAAUAGCGGAGCCGGAGUGGAUUAAUCCUCAGGCGGAUUACUGGAAGCAGCACGGCAAGGGUUUCUUCGUCGGCGUUGAGUCCACCGAGAUGAAGAAAAUUGUUCCCUUCCCCUGAAUUUUGUAUUGUAUAUAUUUUGAUUUUGAAUU